AUGCUGACUGAAUUUUCCGGCAGUGCGUUCUUCAAGCAGAACUUCGCCAUGCUCGGCUUCGUCUUCGGUGCCGGCUUUGCCUUCGAGAUGGGCUUCAACUCGCUCACCAACAAGUACUGGGACCACCUCAACCGCGGUCGCCAAUGGAAGGACAUUCGUGAGCGCUACGCUGAGGCCGCCGAGGAUGACGAAGAGUAA